UUUCAACAUAGUCACUUCACUUGAGCUUGCAUCAAGAAGUUGAAAGGUGAAGAUUAUACGACGCCAUAGAAAGCGGGGUUUUAAUAAAAAUAAUUUGUGUUAGAGCAGAGAAUUGAUAACAAGAGUUUGUCUAUAUCUCGUUUUCUACCUACAAAAAUUAUUUUCUCAAUCGGUUCUUCGUGCUGAGUAUUUCAACUUCUAUGCCAUAUACAAUAUAAUAACUGGAUAAAAGCAAAAAUAUAUUAGAUUUUUUGUAGGACAUUUUUAAAUGAGUUUUAAAUGAAUCCUAAACUUCUAUCCACAUAAGAAACAUUAAUUAUGGAAAAUUUCACAACACUCCAUUAGAGUAGAUAGCUAUGAUUUUUAUAAAUAAAAUAUAAAUAAUAUACAGAGUGGUUAAUUAAGGAUAUCUUCUCAACUGAAGUUUAUGUGUGCUGGAAAGAUAUUUUGCCAUUCAAGUAUUCGUUUCCUUUUAUCGUAUUUCUAUGUACUAAAAGAAACAGUAUAAGGAAAAAUACUAAAGUUAAAGCUGGCGUGUCAAAUUAUUUAUUCAAAUAAUUUAUAAGGUUGUACAUUCAAGACAUGAUUGAUACUUAAAACAAAUAUUAGUACUGUAUUAUUGCGCACAUACAAGGCCAUGAUAAAACUACAACUAUAAAAUCCGGCACUAUAUUUUAACCAAGUCGAUUGAAAGAACUGUAUUACAGAAAUAGUAAUAUUAAAUUGAUAGAAAAAAUCCAAGUGCUGACAUAUUUUGUCUCUGUGAUCGCAACAACUGACAGUAUCAGUGGUGGCAAAUAUAAUUGAAAUAAUUUGAAGUAAAUAUAAUAAGCAUACUUAUGUAUAUGAUGGACGAGUCGCAACCGAAAACGUUGUACGUGGGCAACUUGGACGGAUCAGUAUCAGAGGAGUUACUGAUUGCACUUUUCAGUCAAAUGGGUCCUGUUAAAAAUUGUAAAAUUAUAAGAGAACCCGGAAAUGAUCCAUACGCGUUCAUUGAAUACUCAACUUACCAAGCGGCAACUACUGCAUUAACUGCAAUGAAUAAACGUUUAUUUUUGGAUAAAGAAAUAAAGGUGAAUUGGGCUACUAGUCCUGGAAAUCAGCCAAAAACAGAUAUUAGUUCACAUCAUCAUAUUUUCGUUGGUGAUCUCAGUCCAGAAAUCGAAACAGAAACCCUACGAGAGGCAUUUGCACCGUUCGGCGAAAUAUCAAACUGCCGCAUCGUAAGAGAUCCUCAAACAAUGAAAUCGAAAGGUUAUGCUUUCGUUUCUUUUGUUAAGAAAGCUGAAGCUGAAAAUGCGAUACAAGCAAUGAAUGGCCAAUGGAUCGGUUCACGUUCAAUUCGUACAAAUUGGUCUACCAGAAAAUUACCACCACCCCGUGAAUCUACCAAAUCUGGCAGUGGAAUGGGAAUGAAGGGGAAUAUUAGACACACCUUUGAGGAGGUGUAUAAUCAAUCCAGUCCAACAAAUACCACCGUUUAUUGUGGAGGUUUCCCGCCGAAUGUAAUUAGUGAUGAAGUCAUGCACAAGCAUUUCAUACAGUUCGGGCCGAUACAAGAUGUACGCGUUUUCAAAGACAAAGGCUAUGCUUUCAUUAAGUUCGUUACAAAAGAAUCAGCCGCACGUGCUAUUGAGCAUACUCACAACUCGGAAGUGCACGGCAAUCAAGUAAAAUGCUUUUGGGGUAAGGAGAACGGUGGUGACAAUUCGAUGAACAAUGUGGUGGCAGCGUCUGCGGGCGUAGCAGCCGCCGCAGCAGCUGCAGCCGCUGCCGCCGGCACUAUUAUGUCACCUGGUUUACCGACAACACCACAACAAGCCGCAGCGGCUGCUGUGGUAGCAAAUGCAGCGGCAGCUGGAGCUGGAUUGCCGGCUCAAAUGAUGACACAACAACAGCUAGCUGCGCAGUAUCCAUAUGCAGCCGCUUACCAACAAAUGGGUUACUGGUACCCCCCUACAGGCUAUCCAGCCGCUCAAAUGCAAACUCAAUAUAUGCAACAAGGAUAUUAUCCCUAUGCCUAUGCUAGUGCUCAACAAGCUGGAGCUGCGGGCUACCGCAUGGUGCAACCGAACGUGACUUGGGGUGUGCCGGGUGCAGUUGUGCCAGGAGUGACCGCCGCUGCAGCAACAGCUGCAGCUGCUGCAAACGGUUCAUUAGGUCCGCAAAUGAUGUAUAGCGCAGCAAUGCCUCAAUACCAGGGACAAUGAACCUGAUAUGCCCGUCAUAGUUGUUACAGCAAGUGGGUGAUACGGAAAAUUAAUAUAUUAAAAGGCAUACAAAACAAAACACCAAACGAAUUAUAUGUCCAAAAUAGACAAAUAGAGACUAAAACAAACAAACAAAUAUUUUCUAACAAAAGCUCAAGUCGUGAAUAAGAGUACCCAGUUACUAAUCUUCCCACUUGGCGCUGUAACCAUGGUCAGCAUUACUUUCAUCAAAUUGUACAACGCCACCCAAUCAACCAACUGUAAAAUCGCAUAGCAACUAAAAUGACGCUAAAAUGACUGCGAAAAAUAUAUAUAACUGAAAAUGAAUAGGAUUA